AUGAACCAGUCACGAACCAAAAGGGCUUCGGGGAGAGGAAAAGGAAGGGUGAAAACAAAGCAGGAUAUUGCAGACCCAGAGCUCAACGUUGAAGCUCUUACAACGGGUCCGUUUGGGAGACCCCCAGAGCCUGGCAAAGGAGAUUUACAAGUAAUUGUCUUGGGUCCAACAGGAGGCCCACGGGAGGAUCGAGUCACGGGGCUUCUAGUCCGGUCGACAUCAACCAGCUGGAGACCAGAUACCGUGAUUGCCGUCGAUGCGGGGACCCUACUCAGUGGAAUAAUUCAUAUCCUAGAAACAUACAACGACAUGGACGAGAUGAUAGUUCAGACUGGCCCGUUUACCGAAAUGCCUCUACCUUUUCAGACUGCUCCAGCGAAUGCAGCACACAUCCUGCGAGAAGUCAUUGGAACCAUCUUGGUCACACAUCCGCACUUAGACCAUUUCUCAGGAUUUGCCAUGAACUCACCAAUCCUAGAGGCAACAAACGGCCCCAAGACAGUGGCUGCACUACCUUCUGUCAUCUCCGCCAUCAAGACUCAUAUUUUCAACGAAGUGAUCUGGCCUAACCUCUCAGACGAAGACGGUGGCGCAGGUCUGAUCACCUAUCAACGUUUGCAGGAGGGAGGCAACCUAAGGAUGGGCCGAGAUGAAACGAGAGGCUAUACCCGGGCUUGUGAGGGCUUGUACUACAGAUGUUUUGGCGUCAGUCAUGGGUGUACUAGGAGACACUAUGCCCCCGAAGCUGAGAUGCGGCGCUCGUUAAGUAAUGCAAUGUACCUGGGUGAUCCAUUCAUGAUGCGUUCGGCUUCAAGAGCUGCUAUCUCUUUGACUCAAGAAGAGCCGGGGUAUAUGUCUCCGGCUAUGCCUAGACCCUCAAACCCGCGAGAUACCUGGAUGAGCGUUGAAAGCUCUGCAUUUUUCAUACGCGAACAACACUCGGGCCGCGAGAUUAUCAUUUUCGGUGACGUUGAACCCGAUUCGAUCUCAGUCGAGCCCCGCAACAAGCGUGUUUGGGAGGCGGCAGCUCCUCGUAUAGCCUCAGGGAAGCUACGCGCGAUCUUCAUCGAAUGCUCUUAUACUGAUGAUGUGGAGGAUGAGUCCUUGUACGGCCAUCUUUGCCCCCGACACUUAAUUGCAGAACUCAAGGUGCUGGCUAGCGAAGUUAUAAAGGCCAAAUACCCAAGCAGCUCGGGGAUUGGCAAACGCAAACGCCCUAGCAGAGAGACACCCGCAGGUUCGCAGCCAACGAGCCCUAAGACUCGGCGGUCACAAGACGUGCUUCCUGGGUCUUCUACAACGGCUAUUACCAGCGCCCCCCAGGUAGUGGCCGGCAGUUCUACUGAGCCUUCUGGUACUGGAGCUACAGGAACACUGGAUGCGGAGUCUAACUGGCCACAUGAGGCACCCUUGAUUCACUUAAAGGUUUAUCUCAUUCACAUUAAGGAAGACAUGGAUGGUGGCCCGUGUCCAAGUGAUACGAUCGUGACACAACUUCGAGACCAGGCGCAGGCUGCUAAUCUAGGAUGCGAAUUCCAUGCCCCCAAACGUGGCGAGAGUGUUCAAAUCUAA